AUGAAGAACUUCGGUGCUAUUUUGAUGGCUUUGGCCACAGCCGCCUCUUUCGGUGCUGCCUUACCAACUCAACAACCCCAGGGAGCUCUCCAAGUCCGAGCCCCUCGAGAAUUCGCUCUGGAUGUCAGAUUCCCCAAGAAGAAGCAUAACAAGGACGGCGCCAACGUGGGUGCUGCCAACAACGGAACUGCUGCCGCCAUCGAGGCCGGCGCCGUCAACAACGGAACUGGCAAUGCUGCAGGCGAUGCCAACCAAGGAGACGACAACGCUGACCAGCAGGACGGCAAGAAGGGCAAGGGUAAAGACAAUGACAACGCCCAAGAUGCACAAGACGGUGCCAAUGCGGAUGCCGGUGCUGGUGCAGACGCUGGUGCAGAUGCUGGUGCGGGUGCGGAUGCUGGCGCAGACCAACAGGGCGGUAACAAGCUCACCGACUUACUCGGAAGCCUUCUAGGCGGCGGUGCUGACGGCGCAAACCCUCUCGCGGAUCUUCUCAGCGGCGCAGCAGGUGGUGACGCUGCUGGUGCGAACCCUCUCGCAGGUCUCCUUGGCGGUGACGCUGCCGGCGAUGCUGCCGGUGGUGCUGCUGGACAACAGGGCGGUCUAGGUGGCCUUUUACAAGGUCUCUUAGGAAAGCUAGGAGCUAACUAA